AUGGGUAGAGAGGAAAAAGCAACUUGGAAAGCUAACUAUUUUUGUGAAGUUGGUGGUAUGUUGUACAUUAAUUUACUUGACGAGUUCCCAAAAUGUCUCAUUGUGGGAGCCGACAAUGUGGGUUCAAAACAGAUGCAGCAAAUCCGCACCAGUCUUCGUGGAAAUGCUGUCAUACUGAUGGGCAAGAAUACAACGAUGAAGAAGGUAAUAAAGGGCCAUAUCAACAGAUAUCAUUCUCUUGAAAAGAUCAUGCCUCACAUUAGAGGAAAUGUAGGAUUUGUUUUCACUUGUAGUGAUUUGGUUGAGAUCAGAGAUAAGCUUUUGGAAAAUAAAGUUCGUGCUCCAGCUCGUCCUGGCGCUAUUGCACCAUGCCUUGUUGUUAUUCCCACCCAGAACACUGGCCUUGGACCGGAAAAAACCUCUUUCUUCCAGGCGUUGUCUAUUCCAACUAAAAUUUCUAAGGGAACAAUUGAAAUCAUUAAUGAUGUCCAUAUUUUAAAAGAAGGUGAUAAAGUUGGGGUUUCUGAGGUGACCUUAUUGAAUAUGUUGAAUAUUUCUCCAUUCAAUUAUGGUUUGGCCGUACAAAUGGUGUAUGAUUCUGGAACUAUCUUUGAACCCGAAAUCUUAGAUAUCAAGCCAGAAGAUUUAUUGAAGACUUUCUCAAUAAUAACUAAUAAUCAGGGUUGGAACGUAUAA